AUGCCGCCACCAGGAGACACAACAACUGGCGAUCAGGCUACGGAAUUGGCGGAUCUCACGAAACAAAUCGGUUUGCUAGUCAACGUCUUCGCAAAACUCGCUCAAGCACCGGCAAACGCUCCGUUGACAACUACACCCACCAGUGGACACAAUCUUCUAGUGGAAUCGAUAUCAAAACGGAUUCCAAUCUUCACCUAUGAUCCAGACGACGACCAAACCUUCGACACGUGGUACGCUCGAUAUGAGGAUGUCCUGACUAAGGAUGGUGAAUCUCUAGAAGAAGGUGAGAAAUCAAGGGUAAUUCUGUCCAAACUUAGCUCGAAAGAGUACUCUCACUUCACAAAUCGUAUCCUACCGAAACUCCCGAACGAGCUCAACUUUGCGGAGCUCAUCAGCAAACUUCGAGAGACAUUCAAAUCGACAUCAUCGAUUUUCCGGAAACGCCAAGAUUUCCUCCGCACGGAAUAUUUUGGAGGAGCAAUUGAGGAGUAUACUGGACAGGUCCUCAGAAAAUUCACAUCCUCCGAAUUCAAGAAGAUGACUGAUGAUCAAGUAUGCUGUAUGGUCUGGAUAAAUGGAUUACGAGAUAACAUUUACUCCGACAUCCGAACAAAGGCUCUCCAAGUUAUGGAAGCAAAACCAGAAUGUACACUGUUAGAAUUGGAGCAGAAUAUCAAACGGCUUCUGGAUGUGCGAACUGACUCCAAAAGCGUAUGCAAACUGGAACCAAAGGCAUCAGAGAUCAACGCCAUAAGCACAAAGGAAACCAAGAGGGAUAAACCGCAGAAGGCUCCACCGUCACCAUGCUACAAAUGCGGCGGUAAUCACUGGGCAAAGGAGUGCCAAAAGCAGGUCACAUGUCAUCUAUGUAAAAAAGAUGGUCAUAUCGCAAAAUUUUGCAGAACCAAAAAGCGAGAAACAGAUCAAAAAGGCAAAAACAACAGGAUCAAGUCGGUGAUGGUUAGAAGCGCAUCCACUUUCGAACCAUCUCGUAUCUACCGUAUCGUCACAAUCAAUGGAACAAAAAUCCAGAUGCAGAUGGAUACGGGAGCCGACGUCACUUUGAUCAGUACAAAAGAUUGGAAUCGACUGGGUCGCCCUCAACUACAAGCACCCACAAUCCAAGUCAAAUCAGCAAAUCAUCAACCGAUAAAGGUCAGAGGAUCUUUCCAAUGCAAUUUCGUCAUAAACGGAAACGUUGCUUCGGGACAAGCACAUGUCGCCGAAACGGGUACACUCCUCGGAACCGACUGGAUCUCCAAGGAUCCUACGCUCUGGAAAACCCUAAAUCAACAAAUCUGCGCAGUAAGUUCCGAUGUUGGAUCAGCAUGCGACUACCUGGACAACACCCGCGAACAACUGAAGUCAAAUUUGGAAAAGGAAUUCAACAAUGUCUUCCAACCAGGGCUCGGUAAAUGUACCAAAACUAAAGCUUCUAUUCUGCUGAAACCAGGGGCACAACCAGUGUUCCGUAAAGCACGACCAGUCCCAUUCGCAGCAUUGACCACAGUAUCAGAGGAGUUGGAACGUCUACAGCAGUCAGGUGUUAUCUCUCCAGUGGAUCAUUCGGAAUGGGCAGCGCCGAUAGUUCUUGUCAAAAAGAAGAAUGAAUCGAUUCGGAUGUGCUCAGAUUUCUCUACCGGGCUCAACGAUUCAAUCCAACAGCAUCAGCAUCCCUUGCCAACUGCAGACGACAUAUUCGCUACUUUAAACGGUGGGAAGUAUUUUUCUCAAAUAGAUUUGGCCGAAGCCUAUUUACAGAUUGAAAUCGACGAACAAGCCAAACAGAUGCUCUGUAUCAAUACACAUCGAGGCUUGUUCAGCUACAAUCGACAGCCAUUCGGGGUCAAAUCUGCUCCAGGAUGUUUUCAACAAGUCAUGGAUGCAAUGAUCACUGGACUGGACGGAGCCGCGGCCUACCUUGAUGACAUCAUCAUAACCGGGUCGACAAUCGAAGAGCACAAUUCACGACUGAAAUCAGUGUUCAAGCGAAUCGACGACUAUGGAUUCCGCGUCAAACUGGAAAAAUGCACAUUCCUAAUGCCGAGAAUCACAUUCCUCGGAUUCUGCAUCGACAAAGAUGGCAGACGACCGGAUCCCGAAAAGGUGACUGCGAUUCAGCAGAUGCCUGAACCGAAAAACGACAGUCAAGUCCGCUCAUUUCUAGGACUCAUACAGUUCUACGGCACCUUCAUUAAGGAAUUAUUCAAAUUCCGUCCACCACUGGAUGCAUUAACUAAGAAGGAUGCUGAAUUCAAAUGGACUUCUGAAUGCCAAUCAUCGUUUGACAACAUUAAACAAAUGCUCCAAUCGGAUCUUCUUCUCACACACUACGAUCCGAAACUGCCAAUAAUAGUCGCUGCCGACGCUUGUCAAUAUGGGAUCGGAGCAGUGAUCUCUCAUCGUUUUCCAAAUGGGUCUGAAAAAGCCAUAUACCACAUCAGUAAGGCUCUCACUGCACCACAGCGCAACUACAGUCAAAUCGAAAAAGAAGCAUUUGGACUCAUCACGGCCGUCACGAAGUUCCACAAGUUUAUUCAUGGUCGACAUUUCACACUGAAAACGGACCACAAGCCGCUCCUUUCGAUCUACGGAGAGAAAAAAGGUAUUCCUAUUUACAGUGCAAAUAGACUCCAACGUUGGGCCACAAUCUUGCUCAAUUACGACUUCACCAUCGAGUACGUCAAUACUCACGACUUUGGACAAGCUGAUGCCCUCUCAAGACUCAUUUCCGAACAAAUCCAACAGAAGGAAUGUGAAGAUCGAGUCAUUGCCCAAGUCGAAAUGGACGUGAUUACAAAUCUAGUCAACACGUGUGAACAAUUGCCGGUGACAGCUGAAAUGGUCAAAGACUAUUCCAAAAAGGAUACACUUUUGGCAGAAGUGUACGAGUACACAACCUCAGGUUCGUGGCCAAAUAAUAUUGAUAAAAGCUCACAAAUCGUUUUUUUUCACAACCGACGAGAUCAACUAUCCAUCGUAUCUGACUGUCUGAUGUUCAACGAUCGAAUCGUCAUCCCAGUAUCACUCAGAGCCCGUGUGCUCAAAAUGCUCCAUCGUGCUCACACUGGAAUGGUGAGAAUGAAACAGUUGGCUCGAACUCUUGUUUACUGGCCGUCAAUCGACAAAGACAUUGAGAACAUCGUCAGAAGCUGUGAUCAGUGUGCGGCAGUGUCGAAGAAUCCCAUCAAGAACACUUUAUGCUCUUGGCCUAUUUCCACAAAGCCAUGGCAACGUGUACACGUGGAUUACGCCGGACCUGUCGAAGGAACCUAUUAUCUAGUAGUUGUUGAUUCCUUCUCAAAAUGGCCAGAAAUUGUUCCAACCACAUCCAUUACAUCAGCGGCAACCAUCAACAUUUUGCGAAAGAUGUUUGCACAGUUCGGAGAUCCGGAGACACUGGUGACCGAUAAUGGAACACAAUUCACAUCUAGCUAUCGCUCUUCGCCUUGUACCGCCAGUCCAAAUGGCUCAUCACCCGCUGAGAACUUCAUUGGCCAGAAGAUCCGUACAUUCCUGGAUCAACUUCUCCCAACCGACCAACUUCCCCACUCGCACGACACAGAGAUGGAGAAGCAGUUCAACAACCAGCAUGGUGCACAUUGUCGCAACUUCAACGUGGGAGAUAAGGUUUAUGUUAAAGACUACCGUAGCAUAAAUACUACCACUUGGAUUCCAGGAACUAUUCAACGUCGGAUUGGGCGUACAAUGUACCGCGUCACUGUGGAAAACAACAACUUCUGGAUUAGACACACCAAUCAACUGCGCCGUCGUGACACUCCAACUUCGUUCGAUGUUCCACUCGACACUAUGGACACAAUGGACGCUAUCGAGUGGACACCGUUGUCAACAACCUUGCCCGACCGUUCACCACCGACUCCAACGCCAAUAUUUCCUGGAAGUCCCACAGCACCAUCUCCAAAACCCAUCCGGAAAUCUACACGUACCGUCAAACCACCACCAAAGUUCGUCAUGAAGCCGAAUAAGACAUCGUAUCAUUAA